GAAGAAAAACCAACGAAGAAGUUGUUAAACUCGGUUACAGCAGCAGUAUGAACGAUAUGGUGAAGUAAGCAUUUGAUAACCAUGGAUAAAAAGAAGAAACCUUUCGCGGUGACUGCUUCAUCGCUAGUGGAUCUUAAAGCUGAACUCUACAGGAAACAGGAGCAGUUUAAACAGCAGAAACUUGGGCAAGAAACUACUGGUGCUGGAUUUAAAACAAAAUCCACAGUUAAGAAACCUAAUAUCUGGAGUAAACAAAAUGCUGGUGUUUCAGCAAGAGCUGAGAAAGAUGCAGAGCAGCUGGCUGAAGAGCAGAACAGCCUUGAUGCAUCCAGGCGCAAGUUGGAGGAGAAGGCCAGACUUUAUGAACAGAUGACAAAAGGAGACUUUCCAGAUGAAGAGACGGAGGGACUGUUUCUUGUGGAUUUCACCCAGAAGAUUAUUGACAAAAAUAAAGAGACUUUUGCACAAAGGGAGACGGAGAAAGAUGAUGAGGAAAGAGGCAGCUCGUCACCAAUCCCGCCUCCUCAGAACCCCGAUGAGGAAUGGGUGGACUUUGUGGAUUCUUUGGGACGAUCUCGAAGAUGCAUGAAGAAAGAUCUACCAGAUUUUAAGAAAAUGGACCAAGACUUUAAAGGAAAAGGGUCUGACAAGGACUUGCUCUCAGAGGACAUGCGUCGAGAGCUGCAGAGACAGGAGUGGGAGAGGGAGGAGGAGGAAGCUAUGAAGAGGCCUGUUGGCCCAAUCCACUAUGAAGAUAUAAGAGGACAAGAGGCUCGGGAGCUUGGUGUCGGCUACUAUGCCUUCUCUCAGGAUCAGGAUCAGCGCAGGAAGCAAAGAGAAACCCUGGAUAUGCUCAGAGACCAGACAACAGAUCAACGCACUAAGAGGGAGCGACUGAAGGAGAAGAGACAAGCCGUCCUGCAGGCUCGACUGGCCAAGGUGAGGCAGAGGAAGAUGAAGAAGGCCAAGCUGGAUGGCACCGAGGAAGAGGAGAGAGAAGAGGAGGAGAAUGAAGCAGUGGAGGAGGAAGAUGAAACAUUAGGGCCUCUGCCAGAGGAGUCCCCAGAGGUCAGCACUCUGAAGAAGGUGGUUGUGGAGAUCCAAGAGAGGAAAGACACCAAACCGGGUGUUCCCCAUGUCAGAGAAUGGGACAGAGGCAAAGAGUUCAUGUUUAGCGAGUGGAAAACUCGCCGUCGGGACGAGCGAGAUUCAGAAUUUGCACCUCCCUCUGCAUACUUUUCUGAAGAAAAGAGACCAAAACCAAAGACUAAAAUUCAGGAGAAUAAAUCCAGCAUGUCCUUUAAGUGGAUGUCAGGCCUGGGAGGAAUUUCAGAGAGCAAAGCAGAACCAGAACCUCAGCCUAAAACUGCUUCUUCACCUCCUCAACCUCAGCAAAGUCCUGCGACGUCUUCACAGCCGAAACCCUCAGACAGCCCAUCACUUUCAACUCCCCCCUUCCACCCACAGUAUCCCCCUCCUAUGUUUUACCCUCCAUUCCCACCUCCUCAGUUUGCAGGUGCACCUCACCAUUUUCCUCCAUUUCCCCCUCAGUACCCAAACCAGUAUCCUCCCCAGUAUCCACCUCAGCCUGCAGACCAGAGCCAGCAGCCCCCCCAGGACCCUCAGAAUCUGGACGACAUGCUGUCCUUCUACAGGAACACUACCUGAUCUUUCAAAUACUGUUUGCUGUGUAAUUAGCUCUUAUUGGGAAUGUAAAGGCUGUUGUUCCCCUUUUUUUGUUGUUGAAAACAACAGAACCCAAUGUCUUCACUCUUUGAGAUCAAUAAACAUUAGAUUUAAUUGGA